CCCACAGUGACUCCUGCCCAGGGAAUGUCCAGCCCCAGCAUAAAGGUCCCGGUGUCCAUGGGUUUCUGUCAGUCAGGAGGCCACACCGUGCACAAUGAACUCCUCUCGGGCACCCGGGAUGGGGCGUGUGGGAGGGCACGGGCUGAUGGCAUUGCUGAUGGCCACUCUCAUUCUUCCAGGAACCUUGGCUAAGAGCAUUGGGACCCUCUCAGACCCAUGUAAGGACCCCACCAGGAUCACCUCCCUCAACGACCCUUGUCUCAUUGGAAAGACCGGCUCCAGCAGCAUCAGCAGCCAUGGGGGAUCCAGCAGCUCCCAGGGAGGAUCUUCAAAAUCCCUGAUAUUUAAACCAGGAACAGGGUCUUCCCAGAUCUCCUAUUCCUCUGGGUCUGGCUCCUUCCACUCAGGAAGCAGCGGAUUUCAGUCAGGAAGCAGCGGCUCUCAGUCAGGAAACAGUGGAUUUCAGUCAGGAAGCAGCAACUCCCAGUCAGGAAGCAGCGGCUCUCAGACAGGAAGCAGCAGCUCCCAGUCGGGAAGCAGCAGUUCCAGAUGGGUAAGCAGCAGUUCUCAGUCUGGAAGCUCAGGAAGCAGCCGGGAGGGACCAGGAAAUGGCUCCGCUCUACCAACCGAUGACAAUUCUUCCCGCCAGACAUCAGGCUCCUUCCAGUCUGGAGGCUCUUACUCUUCCCACAGCUCUGGGGUGUCUAACACCGUCUCCAAUCACCCUCCCUGUAGCUCCAACGUGCCCGACUCUCCCUGCAGUGGGGGUCCCGUCAUCACACACUCGGGGCCCUACAUCUCUAACUCCCACACCGUAUCGGGUGGGCAGAGGCCGGUAGUGGUGGUGGUGGAGCAACAUGGCUCUGGUGGCCCUGGAGGGUUUCAAGGCAUGCCCUGUAGCAACGGUGGCCCCUCGGGCAAGCCCUGUCCUCCCAUCACCUCUGUCCAGAAACCCUACGGCGGGUACGAGGUGGUGGGUGGCUCUGCCAACAGUUACCUAGCCCCAGGCAUGACCUACAGUGGGGGUAAAAUCUACCCCGUGGGCUACUUCACCAAGGACAACCCUGUCAAGGGCUCUCCAGGGGCGCCCUCUUUUGCAGCCGGGCCCCCGGUCUCUGAGGGCAAGUACUUCUCCAGCAAUCCCAUUAUCCCCAGCUACAGCUCCUCCAGUUCCAACGCCUACCCAUCCUCAGGCGUCGUGUUCCAGCCCGUGGGUAACGGCGGAGUCCAGCCCUGUGGCGUCGGUUCUAGGGGGCCUUGCUCUGGCUCGAGAAUUCAGAUCACUUCCAGCAGUACCUCCUUCCAGCCCUGCGGCGGGGCUAACCAGGGGCCCUGCUCGCCACCAGGCCCCGGCUCCAUCUCCAUCGGUGGCGGAAGCUCCUCCCUCUCCACUGGCAAAAUUGUCCUCCAGCCCUGCGGCAGCAAGUCUAUCUCCGCCGGCUACCCCUGCCUUUCCGCUUCCUCCUCCGCGCUGAACGGAGGUCUGAACGGCUCUCCGCAGCGUGUCACCACCGUGAUUGCUAAGCCCUGUGGCCUCAACAGCCCCGGGAGGAUGCCCUGCCGUUCCAUCCGGGACAUUCUGGCUCAAGUGAAGCCUCUGGGCCCCCAGUUAGCAGACCCUCAAGUCUUUCUGCCGCCGGGACAGCCACUUGACAAGCCUUAAAGUCACCCACGCCUAUGGAAGACGUUCGGGGGUUUCCUGCCCUCCGUCCGGGAGGCUCUUGUCACUUUUGUUCAGCAUCUGCAAUGGUGCUUCCGCCCCGUUCUGCUGUGGUGCCCUCUCUGCGUGAUCACCCACCUUACAACUCACUUAUUCAGGUUCUUGAUGCCGGGACGUGUCAACCGUGCCUCUGCGCAUUUGCCAAAUAAGGCGGAAUCCGGUCCACCACCACGCUCACCGACCUCGCUACCACCCAUCACGACUCACCACAGCCUACCAGACCCGUUUCCAACACACCGGUGCCACCCCUGCUCUCCACCUCAGCCCAUGUUUGGUUACCACAGGGGUUGCCCUGUGCGUGUGGACCCCAGGGCAUCGGUAGAGCCUGGCACAGACUCCUGGCUCCCUCGGGAUCCUGGACAGGGCUCAAUAAACUUGGUGAACUUUGUGCA